AUGCUGGGUCGACUGUUGAGCACUGCCGCGGCUACUCUCAAUCCGGCGACCUACAACGCCAAAAACGCUCAUCAACUAGAGUCCGUCACGGAGGAGGAACAUACAUCCGGCUUACUAUUCCCCGAUGCUAGUCUUCUCCGACAUUCCCAUACGCACGCAUAUCCGCUGCAUACUGCCUACAAUUCACCGAACGCUUCUACGGCUGGUGCCUAUGAUGAUCGCGGCGGUGUCGAGUUGGACCCGUUGAAGGAUUUCCGGGUGAUAAUAGCACAAAAUGCGCUGGGAGAUCGGGACGCUUGUGUCCUGUUGGACACACGCGCCAGUUCGCAGGAUCAGACUUCCAUGGGACUUGGGUUGGAACCUCAGGUGUUUGACAAUACCACCGGUGCGAGACAUGCCCGUACGGUUUCAAAUCUUACCCGUGGAACACGGCGGGGCUAUUUGUCUCAGUCGUCGGCUGCAGAGCCAAGCCCACUCUCUGUCGCUGCGGAGGCACGGAGGUCACCUCCCAUGUCGUCUGGCGCUUUCAUGAGGGCUCGUGGUCGUAGUUCCACCUUAUCGCCGGCGGGAAGCUAUAAUGAACCUGGCCACCCUCGCUAUGCUGCGGACUCGAAUGACACGGGUCUGUUGAAUUGCAUUUUCGGCAGCA